AUGGCUUACAGAGUUCCUCCAGACCAUCACAAACGAACCCGAGAUCGGUUGCCGGUUGACAAACCGCAUCGGAUAACCAGCCGAUCAUUCGUUGAAGCAGUUCUAGUUUGUUUCCAACGCUCUCGUCCAAACCAGAAACUGGGUCACAAUCGUUCACAGUCUCUAUCCACUGGAGCUGGACAGUGGGUUGGUGUCCCGGUGCUGUUGAUGUCGAAGUCAUGUCUGGCGUUGAAGGAGACGGUGAAGAGGACUGGGUCAACUGUUUCGACGGGUUUUUGUCGUUCGAAAACCAAACAAGUACACCGCCAAACUGAAGACAUAUAA